AUGAUGUUGUCGCUAUCAAGACGAUGCGUUGUCAAUGUUGCCAAAACCACUCUCAUAGCUCCCAAGAUACUUAAUCGCUCUCUUCAUCUUGCUCCCCCGUUCCUUCUUGACGACUAUGUUCCGCGAUAUAUGACACUCAGUUCCCGCGACGCAGCUAAGAAGCGUUCAUUGGCGUACGAGAAGACAGGCAUGUGCCUCAUCGGAGAGAAGGCGAAAGUCAAUACAAUCGCUCCCCACUUUGGUGAAGAACCGUGCAUUCAGGGGCACAAUGGUAGUGGUUCCGUCUUCAUGAGCGGGUGCAACAUGCGUUGCAUCUUUUGCCAGAAUUACGAUAUCGCACAUCAACGAAACGGGAUGGACUUGACCCCUGAGGAAUUAGGUGACUGGUACCUCAAGUUACAAGAGGUUGGAAAAGUACACAAUAUCAACAUUGUUACACCUGAGCAUGUUGUCCCUCAGGUGGCCUUGAGUAUCCUCCAUGCCAGGGACCAUGGCCUGACAGUCCCCAUCGUUUACAACACAUCAAGCUUUGACUCUCUUGCAUCCCUGCAGCUGAUGGAUGGAUUGGUCGAUAUCUACCUUGCUGACUUUAAGGUGUGGAAGCCAAGCACCUCUAAAAGGCUACUGAAGGCCGAUGACUACGCUGCAACAGCCAGAGAGAGCAUUAAGGUGAUGCACGCUCAGGUCGGUGACCUGUGCUUCACCGGAGACGGGAUAGCAAAAAAGGGCUUGCUGAUUCGCCAUCUUGUUAUGCCAGGCAAACAGGACGAAGGUGCCGAAAUCAUGAAGUUCCUCGCUGAUGAGGUCUCUACAGAUUGCUUCAUCAACAUCAUGGAGCAGUAUCAUCCAGACGCUCAUGUCGGUAAACCAAGGCGAGCAAAGUCAGAUGGCAAAGAAGAAAAGCAGGAGGUCCGAUACGCAGACAUCAACCGAGCUGUCGAUGCCCAGGAAGUCUCCUCAGUCAGGAAAGCCGCAGAAGAAGCUGGGCUAUGGCGGUUCAACGACCCACCGGGCCACGACGGGUUUGCAAUCUGA